AUGGACAAGUUGCUGCAAUUCGGGCGGAAGGCAUGGUUCAUCGUCCGGGUGAUGUCUGGUCACGAGGAAAGGAGGAUCCGGUCCUACAGGCUGCAGCUGCAGAAGCGCCUCGAGAUGGCAACAAGUAGUAGCACCUUUAUGUCAUGCAAAUCAGUGGUCUGUUCCAAAAACUAUUUCACUUACAGUGGAAGGAAAAUGGCACAAGCUAGAAAGGAGGAGCUGCGGAAACAGCCAGAACAAGUUAUCUUAUCGGAGGUUCGUCAAGUGGUUCAGCAGAUGCAAGUUCUAAACCAGCACCUUGACGAAGCUGAAGCUGCUAUCGAUGAAUAUUUUAAACCAAUUGACAAGAAUGCUAAAAUCAUAGCGGAUCUGCAGUUGGAGAAAGAGGAAAAGCAAAUGAAGGAGAUGGCAAAAGUUAUGCAGGAACAAAUAAAAAUGCAAAGAGAAAUCACAAUGAAAAGAGCUGAGGCUGCAAGCGUCGAGUCUAAUGAUACUGGAGUCGGUGAAAAAGUGGCUGAAAUCCCUCCGAAAUAA